UUAGUUUUUCCAGAGCUCUCCAGAGGAGAGCAGACCACAGAGCAGUAUCUCUGGCCAAGAUGUACGUAGGGGGGCCUGGCGAAGUCGUAUAGGGUAUAUGGACAAUAUAGUGCAGAGAAACCACAGCCAGAGUCAUAAAAACCAAUUCCCGAAGAGCUGCCCUGCCCUGCCCCGAGAACCAUAAACAUUACCAGUUUCCCCCCAGUUCCCAGCUUGUGCGCCGCUCCGCUUAUCGCAAUUGACUUUGGCCCCCUGGCCACCACCGCCUCCUGCGGGCGGGAAGCAGCAGUGUUGUUGUCAGUGUCGUGGCCCCCCACCCGCAUUGAGUCAUUUACAUGAUCGCCUCGAAAGCGGAGCACAAUUGGAGAACAAACGCAGCAGCGACCGCUCCAAGCGAGCGGAAAAAACAGCGUCGAGGCAUUUGCUCCGCGAGCUGUCAGUCGUCGAUUAGCCCGCUCACUGGCCAGACAUUCACAUCCACACAUCCCGCCCUCAGAUCCAAAGUAUUAUACAACUCGAAAGUCGGCACUCCAAGAUAAGGAGAUAAAGAACCAAUAUAAAUACCAGGCACAGCCCAGGGGUUGGAUUAGACGGCUGAAGAAGUGCCAAGAAGCAACAUGCCCACUGACCAGGAGCCCACCGCCGAGCAGAUCGCCGAAGUCCGGACCACCAUACUCAAGAAAUUGGAAGCCGAGCCACCAGCAGAACCCUUCCACCCCAAUGAUCUGAGGCGUUUGAAGGAGUCUGAUGUCUGGAUCACCAGACUACUGAAGGUCUACGACUUGGAUGUGGAGAAGACCAACACCAGGCUGUGGGACAAUCUGAUCUGGCGCCAGAGUUUCGGGGUCAACGAUAUCACCGAUAAGACACUAAACCAGGAGUUCCUGAACGAUGGUUCCAUCUACGCCCACAACAAGGACAGGGAUGGCAAGCCCCUGUUGAUCAUCAGCAUCAAGAAGCACUCGAAGAGCCGGAACCAAGAGGAUCUCCUGCGUAUCAUCGUCUACUGGGUGGAGCGCCUGCAGCAGGAAUCGAACGAUAAGAUCACUCUUUUUAUGGACAUGACUGGCUCUGGCCUGGGCAACAUGGAUAUUGAUUUUAUCAAGGCGAUCAUAGGGAUUUUCGAGACCAAGUAUCCUUAUGUGCCAAACUACAUUCUGGUGCAUGAGUUGCCCUUCCUCUUAAAUGCUGCCUUCAAAAUUGUCAAGACUUUCUUGCCGGAAGAGGCCCUCAAGAUCCUGAAGGUGACCACCAAGAAGGACAUCGAUCAGUAUGUGGAUAAGGACAACUGCCUGAAACUGUGGGGCGGCAAUGACGAUUACGAGUUCAAGUUUGCCUAGAGAUGACCCCCCUGCUCAACCGAACUCUGUAUUGUAGUGUAAAUAAUACGAUAUUUAUUAACUGGAA